AUGUCGAGACUGCACACAAACAAGAAUACGCGUAUACUAAUAUUAUCACUAGUGUUAAUACUGGUAUUAAUACUCCUUCUAAACAAAUCAAGAAAUUCAGCAGAUUUGGAUUUCUUACCUGAUUUAAAACUGAGUUGGAAUAGUAGAAAUGAUGAUAAUUCAGGAGCCCCACAGAGAAAAUCACCUAUUAAAGAAAAAGGAAAGACCAAUGAUAAGCUGACUGCUAAGCAGAAAGUCAAAGCAGAAGAAGAAGAAGGAUCAGCGAAGAAGAAAAAGGAGCCAGUUCCUAAAGAAGACUCAAUGGGAAAGAUGAAACAGGAUAAGAAAACCAAGCAGGAAGCAGCAUAUGAUGAUGAAGUAUAUGAAGCAGAUGAAAUAGCAAAGGCAAAAUCAAACGAUAACAAGGGGUAUCCAAAGAAGAAACCAACCGUGGGCCAAAAACAACCAACCGACAAGGACCUGGAAGUAGACGAACCAGAAGAACAGAGCUAUCCGAAUGAGUUAGACCACGAUGAUGAAUUUAGUUUGUUCGAUAUUGACACAGUCGAUGAAGUUUCAGAACCAUUUGAUCCCAAAAACCCCAAUAAAUUCCUUGGAAAUACUAAAGAAAUGACUCCUUCUGAAAAGGAUGCGACGAAUAAUAUAUUAGAUUAUGAUCAAAACCAAGACAAUAAAUUAUUGGGUGUACCUACUACCAAACAAUUGCAUUUAAAACCGGUAUUGGUAGAUGAACCACCAUAUCCUAACAUUCCUGUGAAUUUUGGAAAAAUCCCAAUUGAACCAUUAAGAUUCAGGAUCUAUUCGCAUAAUAUCAAGAAUGGGGGGAAUCAUAUCUUGGUGCCUGGAGAACAGGAAUGGAAAGCUAGAGUACGUCCUAUUGCUUCAUCAAUUAGAUUUCAUGCCCAAGAGAAUACUAUAAUUACAUUACAAGAAGUAUAUAAAUAUCAAAUGUUAGAUCUUCUUAAAGAAUUGAAUGAAAUGCAGGAAAAUGAAUGGGAAUAUUAUGGAGUUGGAAGAAUUGAUGGGAAUGAAUUGGGAGAAUUUGUUCCAAUUAUCUAUCGUCCCAAGGAAUGGGAAUUAGUUUAUAGUGAUACAAUGUGGUUGAAUGAAAGAAAUCCUCGGAUGUCAGUAGAAGGUUGGGAUGCUACUUAUUUACGUAUUGUAUCUUAUGUGACUUUAAGACAUCGAGAAUCUAAUAAUUAUAUCAAUAUUUUCAAUACUCAUUUCGAUCAUAUUGGAACUAAUUCACAAAUAGGUUCAGCUAAUUUGAUAUUCCAACGUAUUACGGAAAUAAAUGAUUGGCCCUCAUUUGUAGUUGGUGACUUAAAUUCUGAACCUAAACAUGACGCCUAUAAAUUUUUCAAACAACAUAUGACGGAUGCUUCUAGAUUGACAACACCAUUUAAUAAAUAUGGACACCUGAAAUCAAGUUAUACUGGAUUUGAAGGUGAAGUUUUGAUGGAAGGAGGUAAAACUAUAGAUUAUAUUUUUGCUCCUAAAUAUUCUUUGAAGAUUGAUGAAAAAUCAACUUGUGAUAGUUUGAAUCCUAAUUCUGCUGCAAAUAAGAUUGAUUUAAGAUUGGAGAAAUGGGCCAUGUUGCAUUCUAAGUUUGAUGGCGCUUAUAUUAGUGAUCAUAGACCGUUGGUGGCAGAUUUUAAAAUGACCAAAAAGUGUUAA